CAACAGAGAAUGGAGAGUUUUACAAGACAAAGGACUUUGCCUUUACAAAAACGUUGCAUGUUUUGCGUAUAAGCAACAUGCGGUAGCUUUGGCCGUGAACCCUUCCUCCAUACAACUUCAGGUUUUUCAACCAACAAAUACUCUGGUUUCCAAAAGAGUUGUGUUGGAAGUUCGUAACAUUAUCACAGAUUUAUUAAAUGAUUUGCUUCAGAGUUUUCAUAAAAAAAUCGACAUGUACACUGUUGGUUUCCAAUGUUCAAAGCAGGAAGUGUUUCAUGAAUUUGAUGAUUGCUUUGUUGAAGAAGAAGAGCUGUUAAAGAAGGGGACUUUGCUGUGUCCAAACCAUGAAUUGAAUAACAGCCACAUGCUACGUGAAUCAAUUCUGCUAUCUUACUGGAAUCUGACCCAGACGCUCUUGUUGAAAAGGGGGCUGGAAGGAAGCUCCCAGAACCUGAAAUGAGAAUAUAUAGAUUUCAGUGUUUUGAAAAGCUCACAAAAAUCGGCAGAGAAGCUCUUCAGGGAUACUUUGACAAAGUCUUUCCUCCGGCAGAGCUAUUUAUGUUACUUCAGAGGGAGAAAGACAAUUUUCAUAGACAACUUAAUAAAGACCAAUGUGAUCUACUGUUUCCAGUAGAUAAAUCAAUUCCAACCUCGUCUACAUUUGAUGUGACCCUUAUGUACAAACUGUUGAGGAACUACGGACCAAACCUUCCUUCCCCGACCAAAGGCUGGGGGAAGACACCGGAACCUGGACAGAAAUCUCCAACUGAUGACGUAGAGAGGAUCCGAGUUUAUAGGAACGAGGUGGAACAUAAAACUCCGGCAACCAGUGUCAUGGAGAAAGAGGACUGUCGUGUGAAGUGGAGAGAUUUAUGUCAGGCAAUACUACGACUCAGCGCGGGAAGCCUGGAACAAGACAUAAUGAACCUUGGACACCAAGACUGAGACAGUGAUAGCGUCAUGAUACGUUUAUAACAGAGAUCUACAUUACCCUCAGACGUUAACUCCCACAAUAACAUUUUUCUGUUGUAUAUUUUCUUUAGUGAAGGUCUUUGUGUUUAGUUUCCUAUACAAAUGUUUAACUUUGUAGUCAACAGACCGAUACUGUUGCUUUGAACGCACGAUGGACAUUUAAAGGAAUUACACAUUUGUCUCUCCGUGUAUUUGUCUGUCUUUGUGUGGUCAAAUA